AUGGAUCAGAGCUACCAUGGCCACCCAACAACUCGACGACACGCCCUUGGCGAUGGUUCACUACGCGCCAACGCAAAUGCUCGCAGCCAACAUCGCGGCGACAAGCACAGCCAAGGCCACAAGCCAGCCUCGUCUCCCACUUCACUACCCCACAAUGAGUCGAUAGUUCCAAAUGGGACACUGGCAGUGCGACAUGAGCAGUCGUCUCCUGAGAACAAGCGUCUUUCUGCCGUCAUGGCCCACGAACCACGUCCACACAACCCCAAGCGCGACUCGCAGAUUUCCAACGCGAGUACGAAUGCCUCGAACACUAACCGCCGCCGCAAGACGCAUAUCGGUCCGUGGCAGUUGGGUAGGACCAUUGGGCGUGGUGGGUGCUCGCGUGUGCGGCUCGUCAGGCACAGUGGGACAGGGCAAUAUGGCGCUGCGAAGAUCAUCUCAAAGGCCACGGCGGAGAAGGUGCGCGCGCUGAGUCUGGCUGACCUCAUUCAGAGCUCAGAGCAGGACUCUACCAUCUACCCUGAGGGUAAGGCCAUCCCUUUUGGCUUAGAGCGUGAAAUCUGCAUCAUGAAGCUGCUCGAUCACCCCAACAUCGUCCGUCUGUAUGAUAUCUGGGAGAACCGCGACGAGCUCUACCUCAUCAUGGAGUUUAUCGAAGGUGGCGAGUUGUUUAGCUACAUUCACGAGCAGGGCGGCCUCAUUGAGAUCCAUGUGGUACAUAUCUUCCGGCAGAUCAUUGCGGCCCUGAUCUACUGUCACCGCAUCAACAUCCAUCAUCGUGACCUCAAACCGGAGAACAUCCUGCUGGAUCGGGACACUAUGAAUGUUAAGCUGGUCGACUUUGGCAUGGCUGCAUUGCAGCCGAUCGGCAAGAAGCUCACAACCCCUUGCGGUAGCCCUCACUAUGCGGCACCUGAAGUCAUCAAGACUCAGUCAUACGACGGCGCCAAAGCCGAUGUUUGGAGCUGUGGCGUUAUCCUCUAUGUUUUGCUUACUGGGACGCCACCGUUCAACUAUUCAGGUGAAGACAAACACCUCAAGCAUCUGUUUCACGAUAUUUCGAGAGCCAACUACAUCAUGCCAGAUAAUAUCUCUGUUGAAGCGCAGGAUCUCAUUCGCAGGAUACUUGUAGUAGACCCUAAACGACGGGUAUCCCUAGACGACAUCUGGAACCAUCCGUUCCUGCGCAAGUACAAAGAGGAACUAAAUUUUGUUGGGGAGAACGCCUCUCAGGGCUACUGGACUGGGCCACUUCCGUCAAUUGCAUCUUGGAACACACUGGAGCGAAAGACAAUCGAUCGGGAGAUCUUGCGGUACUUACGCACUCUAUGGCACAGUGAGAAAGAGGAGACUUUGAUACAUCGCCUGACAAGCCGGGAAGCUAACCAAGAGAAGUACUUUUACUCCGCACUCUUGAAGUAUCAUAACGAGCAGUUGGAGAACUACCAGCCCAGCGCCCACCAUCCCGUCGCACACUCCAACAGCGAUUAUCAUCAUAAUGCGCACCAUCCUCCUACUCAAGAGGAUCGUGAAAAGAUGCCAUCGACGGAUCAUAGACGAUCUCGGUCAGCCUACUCGGUUUUGAACAAUGAGCAUCUGUAUUCCAAGCAUAGCUUCUACGAGUCGCCCGUCUCUGAGGCCAGCUACGACCCAUAUCGAGCGUCGCGACAACCGAUCGUUCCCGAAACGCCUGUUCCUCAUAACGUCACGGUUCACCGUAAGUCUAGUACGGGCAGUCGAAAGUUGCGUCCCACUACAGCCUUGGGGCAUCGUACGGGAAGCUCGUUACGCAUCCAAGCUCUCCGAAGUUCUCACACAUCCCGUUGUUCUUCCAAGCGAAGCACCCCAUCCCAUCGAUCCACAUCCGUCAAGCGGCGGUCCAUAUCGCGUUCCUCGCUCACUAGCUCUCACUGGCCGAGUAGUCCCCCGGUCAUGGCUCGAUCUAGCGGUUUGGGAAAGCGAGGAGUGAGCUUCUCACAUCUGCGUGAUCGUCGCUCAUCGGUUGCAACCGCCCACACAAAUGACACUGGGUUCGUGACGUACAGUUCAGAUACGAAUGCCUCCUUCGAACAUCGCCGUGAGUCGGUAGGAUCUUACGGCUCAUCGCUGAGAUCGAGCCCCAUCAAACAGACAUCUGCCUUCCGAACAAAGUCUAGGGGUUCUGCAAGCGCGACAGUACCACGCCUGAGGGUUCGUAAGCCGGAUAGCCCUAGCAAAUAUAUCCAGAGCGAGGCAAGGAAGGUUAGCACAGAGCUUGGAAAGGUUAUGGAGGAAGCAUUCAACCGCUCGUCAGUGAGCUCUAGUAUUCGUACCACAGGUACGGAUGUUUACCAGGACGCCUCCCAGUAUGAUACUCCUCCUACUUCCUUCUCAAAUACAAGGGACUCGGGUGGUAGUACAAUUGCCACUCCGAGCAAGACCAUGCUUGCACUUCGGCCGCUUCCCCCAAUUCCAAACGAGACGCCCAAUACGUUCCUGCAGCGCAAGCUGGCCGAAACCCGAGCAGACAUUGCCCGAAGGUUCGAUGAAGAUGGCAACACUACUGAACACUUCAACGAGGUUCUCGAACACCUCGAUCGUUUGAUGAUACCUGCAGUUGCCGGCAAGCGUACCGUUUCUGCUCCUGCCAAAUCCCCCGAGUAUCCUGCGCCUUUACACGUCAUCCCAGAGGAGGUCAAGGCUGAUGGAGAUGGGUUUGGAUCUCAUGUUUCUCACUAUAGAGUCAUGACUGACCCUUCUAGGCCACAACCCCGGCGUCCAGCUACCGAACAGACAAUUCGGGUGGUUGACCAGUCGCCUACCCGUGUGGCCCCCCUCAACAUUCGUAAGCGUAGUGGUGCGAGCAGCUACUCCAAAGCUGCAAAUGACGGACUCUCAGUGCCUAGGUCAGGAGCAGCGGCCGACCCUCCAGUUCGGUCGUUCCAAGAAGUCCACAAUAGUCAACUUGCUGCACAUACAAGUAAUGCUGUCCCUGUCUUGGAGAAGAAGGAUACUGUCAUCAAGAAGAAGAAGUCUUUGUGGUUUCGUCGCAACGCAGAAGAGAAAGAGCAGGAACAAGACAAAUACGAAAAGCAAGAGAACCAGAUCAAGAAGAAGCAGUCGACUAGAUUGUUGCAAAUUCCUGAAGCCUGGCAAGGCCUAGAUGAUCGUAUCAAGAGCGACCCUGCACCGGUUGCAGGCACCAAUAAUGAUAUUCCUAAACACAAUAUGAAGCAGUCCGAAGGCAGCAACGAAAGCGAAUUUCCCAUGCGCAACAGCGCCUCGGCCGCUUCCAAAAACGAUACUGCCCCUCGCAAGGGUAUCUUCGGAUUUUUUGGCAAGAAGGCAAGGGAAGAUAAGGGCAAGCGAUCUAUGGAGCUGGGCUUGAACUUUAGCUCCUCCUCCAUCCUCUCGGUUUUCGAUCUCGGCCCAGAGCACAACAAUGAGUCUUCCGCCCGUACCAGCGCACCAGAGAUGCAGAUGAACUGGAUAUCACGCUUCCUACACAUCAAGCCCGCGAACAAGACUCUCUGCUUUUUGAUCGGUCGUGGCAAGGUCCGUCAAGAUCUUGUUCAUCUACUGCGUGAUUGGCAGCGCUUCGGCGUCCGGGAAAUCUCGUUCGAUCGUAGCACCAACUCGAUCAAUGCACGCAUUGACAAGAAUAACCGUACGUAUACAUCUACUCCUUCUCCAUCACGAGUUGUGUUCAGCGAGUGGCGGCUUGCGGGCUUUCGCUUUGACGUGGAAGUCCUCGAAACGGAGUGUAUAUUGGGAUAUUUGAAGAUCAAGCCGGUUUCGUUUGUUAUUGAGCUCUUCGUCGUGCUCGAGCAUGGUCGCCGUGCCAACCUUUGUCUUGCACGCUUUACGCAGACGCGCGGUGCGGCGUCGAGUUUUCGCAAAGUGGUCGAUAUCAUUGAGGAUGUCUGCCGUGCUCGGAGCAUGCUGGUCGAGGACGAGGAAAAGAAGACGUCCAUGAUGGAGGUAUUGGACUAG